AUGACGGUUACUGCUGCUACUAUUUUUCUAGCUGUACUCUAUGUUGUUCAGUCAUUUCCAUUAACCUGCAAUAACUCCACGCAAUUCGACUGUCAAACAUCCGAUGCCCAUCGAUGCAUUCCACUAGAAUGGUUGUGCGAUGGACUGAAAGAUUGCACAAACGGAUUGGAUGAAUCCCAUUGCUCGUACUUACACACCUGUCCUGAAGGCGAUUUCAUCUGUCGUUCCGGUGACUGCGUAUCCAGCCAUUACAAAUGUGACGGUGAAGUUGAUUGCCCAGGAGGUGAAGAUGAAAAUGGUUGCGAAUUUUUCUCGGCGUACGAACCUGCCUCCAGUGUUGUACAUACAGCUUGCCAUGCAAACAUGUUCCAAUGUCGGCAUGGUCCAUGCAUAGCUAAGGCAUACAUUUGUGAUGGAGAAAUGGAUUGUCCACUAGGCGAAGACGAACGGAACUGUACUAAGCCUGGGGAAAGUCCAUCGCAAAGGAGUGAACCACCCGUCGAAUGCAACAAUCCUGGUAUGGUUAUGUGUGCUGAUCACACAGCAUGCUUUCCUAAGCAUUGGAUUUGUGAUGGCGAAGCUGAUUGUCUCGAUGAAAGUGAUGAGUCUGACUGCGCGUUGUCUGUAGAUAAGUUCCUAGCAGAAAGCGUCACGGAGCUCUGCCAUCCAGGAGAGCACCGAUGCGAUGGAGGUUCGAAGUGUAUUCCUGUGAAUCGCACCUGUGAUGGCAAACUUGACUGCCCAGAUGGUGACGAUGAGGGACCAUUGUGUAAAGAAUGCGAGUGGUUCGUUUUCGGUUCUCGCUGCGUCUGCCCCCAUGGUUCAUCUCUGAAUCCGGACGAGUACACAUGUACACAGAAGGACGAGUGUUCGACACCAGAAGGCAAGCAAUGCCAACAUUAUUGCGAAAAUCGGCUUAAUUCGUACCGCUGCACCUGUGCUCCCGGUUAUCGGCUUGGUCCCGAUGGACAUAGCUGCAGAUUGGAUCGUGACAAUGAGGGAACGCUGUUCGUCGCUCUGGGCCAUGAGGUCCGCACAAUGCCGCUGUUCGAAUCCAGGACAUCCCAUGAAGGCUACGAGACGGCUCAAUCUCUCGGUUCCCACGGAGUCGUUCGUUCCAUCGAUUUUGUUGUGAAUCGCCAGCUCAUCUAUCUUGCAAUUUCCGGCUCUGAUCAUAGAGGAGAAGUGGCGGUAUCAGUGGGAGGAUUAUUGCGAGUGGUUCGGGAGAAUAUCAUCGGAGUGGGACAGAUAGCCGUGGAUUGGAUGGGCAACAACUUUUUCCUCACGCAGCGCUAUCCGUCGCUUUCGCCAGGAAUUAGUGUUUGCACUCAAGACGGCUUUUUCUGUCGAAAAAUUGUUAAGGGACAAAUGGCUGACAUGAACGAUCCCAGUAAACGACAACAUUACCAAGGAAUCGCCUUACAUCCUCAGAGAGGUGCCAUGGUAUGGAUCGAAUCGUACGCCAAUCGAAAUCGUAUAAUGAGCGCAAAUAUGGAUGGCACAAAUGUUCGAGUACUCGUCGAAAAUAAGCUUGAAUAUCCGACUGGAAUAGCUAUUGAUCUGAUCACGAGCGACGUUUACUUUGGUGAUGUCGAACGGGAGAUGAUUGAACGGGUGAAUCUGGACACUCGGGAAAGGACAGUGGUGCUCACCCAGGGCGUGCAUCAUCCUUACGAUCUCAAAUAUUUCAACGGGUUCUUAUACUGGAGCGAUUGGGGUUCUUCAUCAUUGAAAGUCGCCGAGCUGAGCAUCCAUCACAGUUCUGCUCAUCUGAUUCAUUCCUUCACCGCUCUGCCUUUCGGUCUUGCUAUUAAUCACUCAAUGUAUCAGCCAUCGCCAUCCUCAUUUCCUUGUCAGCUCACCACCUGUCAGUGGAUGUGUGUAUCCAUCCCCAAUGCAGAGGGCGACCUACAGGCAAAGUGUCUUUGUCCCGAUGGUUACGUCGACAAGCAGGAUGGCGAUUGUGCACCUCUACGUGAAUCAGUGGUCGAAGACGUUGAAGGAAUUACGGACGAAGACAUCCAUAAAACCGUUGUCCUUGAUCUAUCUCACGUUGGUGUAGCAUGGAUGAAAGAGCGUUGUGAUAAUGGUGAUGGUUGUCUGAAUGGCGGUGAAUGCCAGGAUAUAAAGAAUGAACAUGGCCGAGUAACAAAGAUUGUUUGCAACUGUCCUGCAAUGUAUGAGGGUGAUCGAUGUGAACGAAAAAAUCCAUUCGAAGAAGAGUCCAGUCAGUUUAUGCCAUCGUCUCGGUCAAUGUUCUUCCCACUACUCUUCACGGCUGUUUUUGUGUUGUUCAUUGGUGUCGCAUUCGUAUUGUCCUAUCGCUACAACGAUCAGAUCGGCAAAGCGUCGAAGACCGUAACCAACCUGGUGGAACGACGAGCCAAACGGAUCCCUCCUAUCCUUCCGAAAAUCCUCCCAUUUAUCCAUUCAAUACGAGAUCGAUUCUUUACAACUGUAACGGGAGCCAGAAAUCUUCACCGGAAAGGUUCAGGAGUUUUACGUAAGGACUUCAGCAAUCCUCUGUUCAACGACGAUAGGUCAUCGACAGGUUCGGUUCCUGAGGAGGCACCUACAAAUGAGUUAGCGUACAGUAAUCCAAUUUUUGCGGAUGAAAAUACCCAUGCGGCACCAUUUUCUGGGAUACAAGUUACCUACACUAAUAAGUUUGCGACGUAA